GACUGAAUCACUGAUGCAAGGGGCAAUCGUUGUUUCGUUUCGAACAGAAAAGCAUCAAUGGGAAACUGUUUAUCAUGUUUUAAGGUGUCUCCUCCACCAGUCACAGAAAACCAAUCACCCGUCUUGGAUCUCAAAGAAGAAACAAUGGAAUUACGCACUUUGUAUCAACACAAUCAAAGUCAAAAUCAUUCACACAAAACGGUAGAGUCUCAAGUCAACGGGAAUAAAAGAACCACCAUAAACAAUACGACACCGUUUAACGGGGUGGAUUUGGAUAACUGUAGCUCCAUGCCCAUAGUCCAAGGUAGCUUGCGUAGUUUUUACUCAAAGUUGCCCCCUUCGAACAAAUCGGCGACGAGUAUUGCUGUCAGCACAGCAACGGAAUGUAAACAAAAAGAACCGUCGGAAGUUAGAAUCCACUCACUUUUUGAGUGUUACAAGGAUUCGCGGGAAGACCUCAUAUUGGCAGACGGCAUGGAAAAACUUUGCACGGAUCUGCAGCUUUCGCCAGACGAAUUCAAGGUACUGGUACUUGCAUGGAAAUUAAAUGCCGAGCAGAUGUGCCAGUUUACGCGGCAAGAGUUCAUUCAAGGCCUGAAGGCUAUGAGGGUCGACAGUAUCAAGGGUAUUCAGCAUCGAUUGCCUGACAUUGUCGAGGAGCUGAAAACGAACGCUGAAUUGUUCAAAGAUCUCUACAGAUUUACAUUUCGCUUUGGGCUUGACGUAAGCUCGGGUCAGCGAAUAUUGCCUGCUGAUAUGGCCAUUGUCUUGUGGAGGCUGGUUUUUACGAUACGCGAGCCUCCGUUGCUCGAGCGAUGGCUCAAUUUUCUCGAAAGCCAUCCCGUCAGGGGUAUACCCAGGGACACGUGGAAUAUGUUUUUGAAUUUUGCCGAAAGCAUUGGUAACGAUCUAAGCGCGUACGACGAUGCCGAGGCAUGGCCAAGUCUUUUUGAUGACUUCGUAGAGUACGAAAAUGAUCAAAUGAAUCAAAACGUCACCAAAAACGAUUUUCUCAAGGACUGAUCAUUAAAACCAUUUUUUAACAACACGACUGAUUUUUUCAAUCUUUUGAUAGAUGUUUGUUUUUAAAUUAAUUUCAGUGCAGUUUUAACAAAUAUUUGUGGCACCGCUUGGUUGAAAAAAGUGCCAACUCCAGUUUACUUGGAAUAUAAAGUGCUACUACUCCAAAUUGACUGAAAAAAAAGUUCCGUCUCAGAAUUUUUUUUUUUUUUUUUUUGACCCUAAUAGCAUCACUGUAAAGCUUCUUUUGUAACAAAGUUGAGAUUGCACUUUGUUAACUCGAGCCAUCGAGAUAAUGAUGAAAGAUUUAAAUUAUGAGUAUGACUUUAACAUGGACCAAACUUAAUAAAUAUGAACAAAUUAUCCCUAAAAAAAAAACAAGCUUAAUUUUGCAAUGACAAAACAAAAAAAUGCUAAGGUAAAUUAAUCUUUAGAAUAAAACCGAGUAGGUUUUAUAUAAACCAUAGUAAUCUAACUUGAGAACAAAAUUUUUAUAGCGUCUUUCGUUUUAGCUUGCGAUCUCUGCGUCUAAUUAUUUUAAGUCCCCAUCCUGACAAAAAUCGAUAUUGCAACCUUUACUAGCAAUCGGGUAAUCGUAAUACAUAGAGUACUAACAAAGAAAAAUGUGUUUACUUUAAUUUGCGCUAUCCAAUAAUGUUAUUACUGUUGUGAAAUAGUGAAUUUUCGGACAAAUAGUUUCCAAACUCGUUGCGUAAUUUCAGAGAAUCGAAAACAACUUAAGGGAUAGGAUAUUAUACAGAAAGAAGGAUUUUUUCAAUUUUAAGGUAUCAAAAAGCGUGAUUUUUAUAGAAAGUUAUAUACGAUCGUAUGAGUAAAUAUGCGUGUACAUAAAAAAAUGCACAUGUGCGUGUUGGACAUAAAGGUUUUAUAAAUAAUAUUUUUUAGUCUUACACAUGUUUUUACUGCUACUAUUAUUAUUGUUAGUUACGUAAAUCACCGACUUUUGCAACUUUUAUAUUUUACUGUAUUUUUAAUACAAUACUUUGUGAUCAAAUCAAACGUGUAACUGUUGUUUAAUUUAAGAUACUUACGGUCCGUGAUCUACGUAAGAUAUUAACUUGUACAUAUACGUAAAUAUAGGUGUGUUUCGAUGGAUACAUGUAAAUUCAGAACAGUGCAAGUAUCAAGUUGAACAUAAUACACUGAUCUAAACUUGUGAUACGUAACAUAUGUAUGUAUAUAUAUGCUCGAAUUAGUUCAUUUAUUAUUAUUAUUGAAUGUAGAAUUGUAAUGAAAGAAAAAAAUCAAAGUUGUACAAAAAACGUAAA